CGCGCUCCGACUCCGAACUGGUCACUUUUGUGUUUGAAAUCCACCGAGGAAAUGCCUGAUCCGCCGAAAACCAAAGAUGCUGUAGGAUCUUUGCCGAAAACAGCCGCCAAGAAGGGCGCAAAGAAAGCUUUGCCGAAAUCCGCAGUGAAAGGGGGCAAGAAGCGUAGGAGGUCGAGGAAGGAGAGUUACUCCAUCUACAUCUACAAAGUGAUGAAGCAGGUUCACCCGGAUACCGGCAUCUCCUCCAAGGCCAUGGGCAUCAUGAACUCGUUCGUCAACGAUAUUUUCGAGCGUAUCGCGGGCGAGGCUUGCCGCCUGGCGCAUUAUAACAAGCGGGCGACCAUCAGCUCCCGAGAAAUUCAGACCGCCGUGCGCCUGCUUCUUCCCGGGGAGCUGGCCAAGCACGCCGUGUCGGAAGGGACAAAGGCGGUGACCAAGUACACCAGUUCCAAAUAAAGAUCCACACAUUGUUGAGAAAACACCGAAAACCCAACGGCUCUUUUAAGAGCCACCC